AUGGCGAUUUCUAGAAGGUCAUCCAAGAAAGUGAAGGGAGAAAGAAGAAAUGUCGUGUGUUUAUACGGCACCGUUUUGUUGAAGCUUCUUCUUUAUCGAAUUCCUGCUGCCAUUUUGUUGAUAUUGAUUUUGGUUUUAUGGUCUUCUUCAACAACCAUUAUUUCUGGAAGAUUUGUUCAUGUCUGUGUUUCCUCAAGAAAGCUUACUAAUCUUUACUGCCUCUCUGCUGGCUCACAACCCAACUUCCAAAUCCCUCUCCAACACACCCAUUCUCAUCCCGCUGUUUGGGAAUCAGAAACAACGACAACAACAACAUUAACAACAAAGGAACUUCAAAAUUCUUCAAGUUCCAACAGCUAUAUUAUAAAACAGAUUAUUGAAGUUCCAGAAGCUUCCAAUCAGCCCACACCUUCUAAUUCUUCAGAAUCUAUGAACAAAAAGGAGAUCAAUAAUAAUGAACAGAAUUAUAGUAGUUCUUCCAAUGAAACCACCGUAAAAUUAGCCAGCGCCGCCACCGGCGAUGGUGGCCGUGCAAUUACGGUCGGAAGCGAGGAGGAAGAGGAGAUUGCAAUGAAGGCGAUUGAAGAGCAGCUGCGGGAGCAGCGGUCGUGGAUUAAUAACAACAACAAUGGUGGGGCGGCGGAGUGCGGCGGAAGAGGGAUUUAUGUGUACGAAUUGCCGGCGAAAUUUAAUAAAGAAUUGGUGGGGCAGUGUGGGGAGAUGGUUCCAUGGAUGGACUUUUGUAAAUAUUUUAGUAAUGAAGGUUUGGGGGAGGCGAUUCCGGAGCUUGGGAAUGGAUGGUAUAAUACUCAUCAAUAUGCGUUAGAACCCAUUUUUCAUUCAAGGGUUUUAAAGCAUCCUUGUAGGGUCUACAACCAAGAGGAAGCCAAGCUUUUCUAUGUCCCUUACUAUGGCGGACUAGACAUUCUCAGAUGGCAUUUCAAGGACAACGUUACCAAUGCCCUUAAGGAUACAUUGGGCUUAGAACUCAUUCAAUGGCUCUCGGCCCAAAAACCAUGGGCCCAAAACUCAGGCAAAGACCACGUCUUCGUUUUGGGCAAAAUCUCUUGGGAUUUUCGAAGAGACGCCAACGGUAAUAAUAACGGUUAUAACCGUAACAAUCCUUCAUGGGGCACCAAAUUUUUGGAACUUGACCAAUUACAAAAUCCCAUCAAACUCCUAAUUGAACGACAACCUUGGCACCAAAACGACGUCGGAAUACCACAUCCCACAUUCUUCCACCCACACACAGACGACGACGUUUUCGCUUGGCAAUGGAAAGCCCUUCGAUCAGAGAGGAAAUAUCUCGUUGGGUUUGCUGGAGGAGCUCGGCCCGACUCGUCGGAAAACAUACGGUCAUUAUUAAUUGACCAUUGCACCACGACGGAGGACGGGCGACUUUGUCGACACGUGAACUGCACGACUGGAGACUGCGAGCGGCCAAGGGUGGUGAUUGAACUUUUUCUAGAGUCAGAAUUUUGCCUACAACCACCUGGAGAUAGUCCGACGAGGAAAUCGGUUUUCGAUUCAUUGAUUUCGGGUUGUAUUCCGGUUUUCUUCGACCCAUUUACAGCGUAUUAUCAAUACCCGUGGCAUUUACCGGAGGAUUAUAGUAAAUAUUCGGUGAUGAUUGAUAAAAAGGAGUUGAAGAGAAGUGGUGAAAAUGUGGUGAAAAAAUUAGAGGGGAUUUCUUUAGAAAAAAGAGAGGAAAUGAGAAGCUAUAUCGUUUAUGAACUUAUGCCGGGCUUGGUUUAUGGAGAUUCCAAUAAUGUGAUGGAGAAAUUCCAAGAUGCUUAUCAUAUAGCAAUUAGUAAUUUGCUUCAAAGGGUUUCGAUGUUGUAAUGACUGUGUUCGUUUUAUUUUUGGUCUUGAGUCUUUUGUUUUCAUCAUUUUUGGCUUGUAGAGAAAUAUCUGCACGAUGUAUAGACAGACUAUUCCAGUAAUUUUCUAUCGCUCUAAAAAUGUGUUAAUUUUAUUUAAUACAACAAAUAGAGUUACAAGAAUUUCAACCUCGAGUAUAUGUCAAGAAUAAAAUUUUGUUAAUUUAUUUCAUCAACCACAACCACAAAAGAAAAAAAUUGUUCAAUUACAAGUUUAGACUCUAAACUUUGAAGUUUGUGUUUAUUGGGUCCUUGAAUUUUCCAAAGUGCCUAUUAAAACCCUAAACCCUAAUGCUAACACCUACCUCCGUCUAUGAAUUUUAAUUGUGUCAAAAGGUCCCUAAAAAAUUCAAUUUUUUUAAAUGAAUAGAUCGAUUCAAUAUAAAUCUAAAUUUUAUGGCUAAUAGAGUAAGUAAGAAAUUCAGAAGUCUAGAAACUAAGUUUAUGAUUUAAAAAUUUCAGGGAUUAAACAUGCCUCAAAGAUCAAGGACUAAAUUUGUAAUUUAACUAAAAAGAAGAUAAGAAUAUGUGACCCAUUUGAUACCAAUAACAGAGUAAAACACGUUAAAAGUAGAAGACAACAUGAAUUAUCUUGAAGCCUUUUGAAAUAUCAA